CUUUGGCAUUUUCUCGGCAUCCCCGUGGGGGCGGAAUCCUAUUUGGACUCUCCCUUUCCUUUUCGCUCUACACCUACUGCUUUAGGUUAGAGUUCUUACGGAAAGAGAGAGGAGGGACAGAGAGCGGUUUUCCGAGGCGGUUUUCGGGGGAAGAAGCGGUUUCUGGCCUCCAGCACCCCGUUUGCCGGUACAAGUUGCCAACAUGGUGAGGAAGAGAAGAACUGAACCUUUGGAUUCUGGGGAGAGCUCACAAUCUGCAGAGUCUAGUGGCAGCGGUGGGCGAGGUGGGCCCCAGCAUCCAGCUGAAAGGGCUCCAACUCAGCAGCAUGGAGGAGGAGGGCGGGGUUGGGGUCCAGCACCUCAACAGCCCCAGCAAGGAGGUCGUGGCAGGGGAUACUAUCAGGGACGAGGUGGUGGAGCGCAGCCUCGUGGUGGAAUGGCAUCACAGCAGCAAGGUGCCCCAGCAUCUGAAUACCAGGGACGUGGCGGGCCAUUUUCUAGAGGUAGAGUGCAGCCUCAGCAGCAUUAUGGUGGCCGCAGGGGAGGUGGAAGUAUGGCUGGUGGACAUGGGGUUGGCCCCUCUGCGGGUCCGUCAAGACCACCAGCACCCGAGCUGCACCAAGCAAUGCAAGCUCCAUAUCAAGCAUCGCAGGCAAGUUCAUCUAGGCAGCCAGAGAUGUCUGCUUCUCAGAUGACUCAACAGUUCCAAGAGCUCUCUGUUGAGGGUGAAACUACACCUAGUCAAGCAAGCCAACCUGUGGUUCCACUGGCAUCAUCAAGCAAGUCUCUGAGGUUUCCACUGCGCCCCGGGAAAGGGAGCUCUGGUGACAGAUGCGUGGUGAAGGCGAAUCAUUUCUUUGCUGAGCUACCUGACAAGGAUCUUCAUCAGUAUGAUGUCUCCAUCAAGCCAGAAGUUACGUCGCGUGGUGUAAACCGUGCUGUGAUGGAACAGCUAGUAAGACUCUAUAGGCAGUCUUAUUUAGGAGGCCGUCUUCCGGCCUAUGAUGGCAGGAAGAGCCUUUAUACAGCUGGUCCACUGCCGUUUACCUCUAGGGAGUUUCAAAUUACUUUAAUAGAUGAGGAUGAUGGUUCGGGCACUGAAAGGCGACAGAGGGCUUUUAAUGUUGUUAUCAAAUUAGCUGCACGCGCAGAUCUUCAUCACCUAGAAAUGUUUUUAGCUGGGAGGCAAGCAGAUGCUCCCCAAGAAGCUCUUCAAGUGCUCGAUAUUGUGCUACGUGAGUUGCCUACUACGAGAUAUUCACCUGUUGGUCGGUCGUUCUAUUCACCUCAUCUAGGGAGAAGGCAACCACUUGGUGAGGGAUUGGAGAGUUGGCGUGGUUUUUACCAGAGCAUUCGCCCUACUCAGAUGGGCUUGUCACUAAACAUUGAUAUGUCAUCUACUGCAUUCAUUGAACCACUGCCUGUCAUUGACUUCGUCACCCAGCUUCUAAAUAGGGAUGUCCAAGCGAGGCCACUGUCUGAUGCUGACCGUGUGAAGAUCAAGAAGGCUCUAAGAGGAGUGAAGGUUGAGGUCACUCAUCGUGGGAAUAUGCGCAGAAAAUAUCGCAUAUCUGGUUUAACAUCGCAGGCAACUAGAGAACUAACCUUCCCAGUUGAUGAAAGAGGUACUAUGAAGUCUGUUGUGCAGUAUUUUCAGGAGACCUAUGGUUUUACCAUCCAACACACCAAUUUGCCUUGCCUGCAAGUUGGUAACCAGCAGAGGCCAAAUUAUCUGCCUAUGGAGGUUUGUAAGAUAGUGGAAGGGCAGAGAUAUUCAAAGAGGUUGAAUGAGAGGCAAAUAACUGCUCUUCUGAAGGUUACAUGUCAACGUCCUCAAGAGCGUGAGCGUGAUAUUAUACAGACGGUUCAUCACAAUGCUUACCAUGAUGACCCUUAUGCAAAAGAAUUUGGCAUCAAGAUCAGCGAGAAACUUGCAUCAGUUGAAGCACGGGUUUUACCUGCUCCCUGGCUUAAAUACCACGACACUGGUAAAGAGAAGAAUUGCUUGCCAAGGAUUGGCCAGUGGAAUAUGAUGAAUAAGAAAAUGGUGAAUGGCGGGAGAGUGCAAUAUUGGGCAUGUAUCAAUUUUGCACGUAAUGUGCAAGAAAGUGUUGCCCGUGGAUUCUGUCAUGAGCUUGCUCAGAUGUGCCAGAUAUCUGGGAUGGAAUUUUCUAUAGAACCUGUGCUUCCUCCAUUAAGUGCAAGGCCUGAUCAAGUGGAAAGAGCUCUAAAAGAACGAUAUCAUGAUGCAAUGAGCACACUUCAUCCCCAGGGCAAAGAACUUGAUCUACUUAUUGUAAUAUUGCCUGACAAUAAUGGUUCUCUGUAUGGUGAUCUAAAACGGAUCUGUGAGACCGAUCUUGGAUUAGUGUCUCAGUGUUGUUUGACCAAACAUGUUUUCAGAAUGAGCAAGCAGUACCUGGCAAAUGUUGCUCUCAAGAUAAAUGUGAAGGUUGGGGGAAGGAACACAGUCCUUAUGGAUGCAUUGACAAGGCGGAUACCUCUGGUUAGUGACAGGCCUACCAUUAUUUUUGGUGCUGAUGUGACACAUCCUCAUCCUGGGGAGGACUCCAGUCCCUCUAUUGCAGCUGUUGUAGCUUCUCAAGACUGGCCAGAGGUGACAAAGUAUGCUGGAUUAGUUAGUGCUCAGGCCCAUCGUCAAGAAUUGAUUCAAGAUUUGUUUAAAGUUUGGCAAGAUCCUCAACGUGGAACUGUCACUGGUGGCAUGAUAAAGGAGCUUCUAAUUUCCUUUAAGAAGGCUACUGGGCAAAAGCCACAGCGAAUCAUAUUUUACAGGGAUGGAGUUAGUGAAGGGCAAUUUUAUCAAGUUUUACUGUAUGAGCUCGAUGCAAUUCGGAAGGCAUGUUUCUCUCUAGAACAAAACUAUCAGCCACCUGUAACCUUUGUUGUGGUCCAGAAACGCCACCACACCAGGCUGUUUGCAAAUAACCAUCGUGAUCCCUACUCAGUUGAUAAGAGUGGAAACAUACUACCCGGUACUGUUGUUGAUUCUAAGAUUUGCCACCCAACUGAGUUUGAUUUUUACUUGUGCAGUCAUGCUGGCAUCCAAGGUACAAGCCGUCCUGCUCAUUACCAUGUCUUGUGGGAUGAAAACAAAUUCACUGCUGAUGGUUUGCAAACUCUUACGAACAACCUUUGCUACACCUAUGCAAGGUGCACGCGCUCUGUAUCCAUUGUGCCACCUGCAUACUAUGCUCAUCUGGCUGCUUUCCGGGCCCGCUUUUAUAUGGAACCAGAGACAUCAGAUAGUGGUUCUUUGGCAAGUGCAGCUGCAGCUGGUCGUGGGUUUCCAGCUGGUGGACCACGCAGUACUCGGGUCCCUGGUAGCACAUCUGUGAGACCCCUCCCCGCGCUAAAAGAAAAUGUCAAGAGAGUCAUGUUUUAUUGCUGAGCCAUGUAAAACGCUUGGCCUCCUACUGUUACUGCUUAAUUAAAGUUGACUAGUACCCUUCUGUUUGUAGGAUGUUGUUAAAUUUCAUGGUCAUUCAUGUGAGAUGUGACUUGGAGACGUAAUGCUUAAUGCAUAUUUGAGAUUCUUGUUGAGUUUUAUGGUC